UGCCAAGUAGAUCUACCAUGCCUGUUCCAACAAUGCCAUCCAGCCUUGCAAGGUCUCUCAACUAAUUACUUUUUUGGGGCUGAAGGUGCUUUCUGUCUGCAGUUCCGCUGCUCUUCUGCUUCAUUCAAUUUGUUGACCAAAGGCAAAGACAGCGGCACCGGCCGCAAUAUGGCAGUGGACAUCAUAGAAGAACUGUCGACCUUACUCGAACCAUUCAACCUGUUUUUGAUUGCAGUUUGUGGAUUUCUUCUCUACAAAAUCAUAUUUGCCCCAGCUGACCCAGGAAAAGAUGUAAAGAAAGAACCUGCUGUGGAGCAAGUAGUGGGUGAUUUGACCGUGGAACAGCUUUUGGCCUAUGAUGGCAAGGAUCCGACGAAGCCCGUUCUGCUGGCUGUUUGUGGGAAGAUUUUCGACGUGACUGCAGGGAAGCAUUUCUAUGGACCUGGUGGUCCGUAUGAAGUAUUAGCUGGGCAUGAUGCGACACGAGCUUUGGCUCUGAUGAGCAACGAACACAGUGCUGUGAAGGAUGUCGAUGAUGACCUGUCCGAUCUCACCAGAGGACAGCUGAGCACAGCUCGGGAAUGGGAGCAGUCCUUUCAAUUCAAGUACCGGUAUGUUGGUGCGCUGGUCAAGGAGUUGGACUCCGGUGAAGGCAAAGACGAUGAACAGGCUAAAACAGAUGAUGAACCGCCAUCACCUUCAGCCACUCCAGAGCCAACAGGUAAUGAAGAAGCGAGCACUGAUGGUGCAGACGUGUCGGAGGACACCAAUAUACCUAGUGAUCACUAACAAUGCUCUCUUACGAUUGCAUCAGGACAUUUUCGCCAUACAGUGGUGGCAAGGGAGAUCCGAGUCCUCAUGCAACAAUUAUAAUCUUGGCAAAACCACAUUCACUGCACAACCCAGCGUUCCUCAUGCCAGGGCCGGCAACGCAGUGCUGAAGCUGUUUUAUUCAUGAAAUAAGAUUUCACUUCAAUGCUACCACUGCACUACAGUUAAUACCAGUGUCACAAUGAUAGCUACCGAUUGGGUGCUUCAGACACUGAUAUGUGUCAUACGCUGGACCAUUCCAGGAACUAGUGAAAUGAAGCCAGCAUUUCUUUGUCAAGUUUUACCCGGUACAUACCUUAGCUUUUCUGUUUUGGUCUUAUAAUCUCUGAUAGUGCCUGUAUUGACGGUUUUUUUGCCAUUUGAAUUUCAUAGCCGCAGCUGAAUUUUAGUUUCAAUGUUAUGUACUAUGUAAUCAAAGAGUACAUUUUUAGUUUUUUUUUGCCACUACUGCUGGAUUGGAGUGGCCACUAUUCUACUUGAGCAUUCACAUAACUCCGUCAGGCGCUGGUGAACCAUGGAGUCGUUCCACAUUCUUGUAGCUUUUAGAUUUUUUCUUUAUUGUCACUCCCAGCCAACCUUGACAUGCGUUUCAUGCCAAUCUGCAAGAACUGAGUUUGAACUACGCACGCCGAUACCAAAGUACCGCUUUGAAAGUUUAA